AAGGUGAACGAUAAAUCUGUGACGGUGCGUCGGCCAAUCAGAACACAGCACCGGACUAGUUUCCGUCUUAACACCAAACACAGCAGCUAGCAACAUCGCCGCACUUGAAGCUAACUCGUCCGAGCUUUAUUAAGCUGCGGAUUCCAGUGACAUUUCUCAAUAUGACGGAGACCUGCGUCAGGCGGAGGCUUCCUCGGCGGCAGAAGCAUCGCUGUGUCGGCAGUUUAAGGAGCAAACGCGCUUGUUUACCAUGACGAGACUCGGAAACAGUCAGGUGAAUGAAGUCUGCGGGGAGGCAGUCCGUGGUUGCACCUGGAGGAAAGAAUGACUCUGACUUUGGCUCGCUGCAGUCCUAGUGCUCAGGCUCCGGACCGUCACAUGCCAGGGUUACAAGGCAGCCAUGAGUCCUCCACGUCGAUCAUCAAAUUCCCACAGUGACAGGGCACCUUCUGAGACCCUGCAGAAGAACAACUGCAGCAACUCUGGCGUUAUUCUGGACAUUUCCAGUCUCAAGAUGGCGGAGAUGGACACAGAGGUUCCACCUCUUCCACCUCGCUACCGCUUCAGGGACCUACUGCUCGGAGACCAGACGUUUCAGAAUGAUGACAGGUAUCAGGAGGAGUACAGUAUGGACUCGACUAAUGCCCAGGUGCAAGUGGAGUUCUAUGUGAACGAAAACACCUUUAAGGAGAGGCUGAAGCUGUUCUUCAUCAAAAACCAAAGGUCAAGCCUGAGGAUCCGCCUGUUCAACUUCUCCCUCAAGAUUCUCACCUGUGUACUCUACAUCGUAAGAGUCAGCUUGGACAACCCAAAAGAGUUCAACAGCACACCAUGCCGGAACAACAGUUGGAUAAACACAACGGAGCGGAAAGAUAUCUGCUGGGAGUUGAUCUUCUGGGUGACCAGACGGGAACCUGUGUGGGCAAUACAGGUGACAGUGGCCUUAAUCAGUUUCCUGGAGACGAUGCUCAUCACGUAUCUCAGCUACAAGGGGAACAUUUGGGAGCAGAUAUUUCAGAUAUCCUUCAUAUUGGAGAUGAUCAAUACAGUGCCAUUUAUCAUCACAAUUUUCUGGGCUCCUUUGAGGAACAUAUUUGUCCCUGUGUUCCUCAACUGCUGGCUUGCCAAAGGUGCCCUGGAAAACAUGAUCAAUGACUUCCACCGUGCCAUCCAGAGGACCCACUCGGCGAUGUUCAACCAGGUCUUCAUCCUCAUCUGCACCUUACUGUGUCUGGUUUUUACCGGAGCUUGUGGGAUCCAGCACCUUGAGAGAGCCGGGAAGAACCUCACCCUGUUUGACUCCUUCUACUUCUGCAUCGUCACCUUCUCCACUGUGGGGUACGGGGAUGUUACCCCACAGAUCUGGCCAUCGCAGCUGCUUGUAGUCAUCUUGAUCUGCGUGGCUCUGGUGGUCCUGCCUCUACAGUUUGAGGAACUGGCCUAUCUGUGGAUGGAGAGCCAGAAGUUGGGAGGAAACUACAGCCGACACCGAGCGCAGACGGAGAAGCAUGUGGUGCUGUGCGUCAGCUCGCUGAAGAUCGACCUGCUGAUGGAUUUCCUCAACGAGUUCUAUGCUCAUCCUCGAUUACAGGAUUACUACGUGGUGAUUCUGUGUCCGACUGAUAUCGACAUUCAAGUGCGACGAAUCCUGCAGAUCCCCCUGUGGUCUCAGAGAGUCAUCUACCUGCAAGGGUCUGCGCUCAAAGAUCAGGACCUGAUGAGGGCCAAAAUGGACGACGCCGAGGCCUGUUUCAUCCUGAGCAGCAGGAACGAGGUCGACCGAACAGCUGCUGACCAUCAGACUAUUCUGAGAGCAUGGGCUGCUAAAGACUUCGCCCCGAACUGUCCUCUGUACGUGCAAAUCCUCAAGCCGGAGAACAAGUUCCAUGUGAAGUUUGCUGAUCACGUUGUUUGUGAAGAGGAGUUCAAGUACGCCAUGCUGGCGCUGAACUGCGUGUGUCCAGCCACGUCCACUCUGGUCACCCUCCUGGUUCACACCUCCAGAGGACAGGAAGGCCAGCUGUCACCAGAGCAGUGGCAGAGAACGUAUGGGCGCUGCUCCGGGAAUGAAGUCUACCACAUCCACUUGUGUGACAGCAAGUUUUUUGGAGAGUAUGAUGGAAAGAGCUUCACGUAUGCGUCCUUCCACGCCCAUAAGAAGUACGGUGUGUGUCUGAUCGGAGUGAAGAGAGAAGACAACAAGAGCAUCAUGCUGAACCCGGGUCCCCGCCACAUCAUGGCUGCUACAGACACCUGCUACUACAUCAACAUCACCAAGGAGGAGAACUCUGCCUUCAUCUUCAAGCAGGAGGAGAAGCACAUCAAGGGCCUCCCUGCCACCGGGCUCUAUGACGCCCCCUCCAGGCUGCCGGUGCACAGCAUCAUAGCCAGCAUGGUUGAUCAGGCCACUUCAUAUGGCACUGUAGCCAUCGACCUCCAGAACCCUGACCCUCCUGAGGAAAGCGGGAAACUGGCCCUGCCCACAGAGAACGGUUCUGGAAGUCGCAGACCCAGCAUUGCGCCCGUCCUGGAGAUCGCAGACUCCUCUGCCAUUCUGCCCUGUGAUCUCCUCAGCGACCAGUCGGAGGACGAGACCAACCAAUCGGAUGAAGAGGGCUCCGUAGGCUGCGAUUUCGUGAAGGGCUACCCUCCUAACUCGCCCUACAUCGGCAGCUCCCCGACUUUGUGCCACCUGCUUCCCCAGAAAGCGCCGUUCUGCUGCCUCCGUCUCGACAAGGGCUGCACACACAACAGCUUUGAGGACGCGAAGGCGUACGGCUUCAAGAACAAGCUGAUUAUUGUGUCUGCCGAGACGGCGGGGAACGGCCUGUACAACUUUAUUGUUCCUCUGAGAGCGUACUACCGUCCCAGGAAAGAGCUCAACCCCAUCGUGCUCCUGCUGGACUACCCGCCUGACAACCACUUCUUGGAGGCGAUCUGUUGCUUCCCCAUGGUUUACUUCAUGGCCGGCACCAUUGACAACUUGGACAACCUGCUGCAGUGUGGAAUCAUCUACGCUGACAACCUGGUGGUCGUGGACAAGGAGAGCACCAUGAGCGCCGAGGAGGACUACAUGGCCGACGCCAAGACCAUUGUCAACGUCCAGACCAUGUUCAGACUGUUCCCGAGCCUCAGCAUCAUCACUGAGCUCACUCACCCUUCCAAUAUGAGGUUCAUGCAGUUCAGAGCCAAGGACUGUUACUCCCUCGCGCUCUCCAAACUGGAAAAGAUAGAGCGAGAUAAGGGCUCCAAUCUGGCUUUCAUGUUCCGCCUGCCGUUUGCUGCAGGCAGAGUGUUUAGCAUCAGCAUGUUGGACACGCUGCUGUACCAGUCAUUUGUCAAAGACUACAUGAUCGCCAUCGCUCGCCUCCUCCUGGGCCUGGACACCACUCCUGGUUCUGGAUACCUGUGUGUUAUGAAGAUCACGGAGGACGACCUGUGGAUCCGGACCUACGGGCGCCUCUUCCAGAAGCUCUGCUCGUCCAGCGCUGAGAUUCCCAUCGGGAUCUACCGCACAGAGUCGCACAUGUUCUCCACCUCCGAGGGCAAGGAAGGUAAUGCACAGUCUCAGGUGUCAGUCAGCAUGGAGCCUGGCGUGGAGCAGCAGGACCGCGGGGAGACCUGGAAGGAGAAAACCGCCCACCGAAACUCCAACUCCAGCGACCAAUCCGAGCACCCGCUGCUGAGGAAGAAGAGCAUGCAGUGGGCGCGGCGCCUGAGUAGGAAGAACACGAAGCCCUCGAGCAGGGCCGAGCGCAUCUCGCAGCAGAGGCUGAACCUGUAUCGUCGGUCUGAACGGCAGGAGCUGUCCGAGCUGGUCAAGAACCGCAUGAAGCACCUGGGCCUGCCCACCGUGGGGUACGAGGAUGUUUCUAAUCUCACUGCGAGCGAUGUCAUGAAUCGAGUAAAUCUAGGAUAUUUGCAAGAGUUGCAGGACAUUUCCGAGCAACCCUUUAAAGAUGGAGCCAGACCGUCAGAUGAGAUGAACGACCAUCAGAACACGCUGUCCUACGUCCUCAUCAAUCCUCCUCCCGACACCAUGCUGGAGCUCAACGACAUCGUGUACAUCAUCCGGUCCGACCCGCUGGCACACAUGCCCGAGGACUCGCAGGUGAGCAAGACCCCGGCCACCAAGACCCAGCAGGACUGUGGCACAGAGUGCAGGGGUGAAACCCACCUAUGAAACUCACCGAGACCCUCUUCACCAUGACCCUUAAACCUCCUGCACCGGUGGGCCGAGCUCACACGGGUGACUGCUGUAAACGCUGUUCCGGGGCGGCGCCAGAAGAGCCGCGCCGCCGUGAGAGGAUGCAUGAAGAGUGCCUCGUCGUCAAGCCCCGCCCCCCCUCGCACAUGUACACAAUCAGAGCGGAUGCUGGCGGCGGUCACAUGGACAUGUGACAUCACUUGACUUCCUGUUUGAAGUUUUCAAACAGUUGCCAGUUUCUUCAUUUGUCACGACAAUUGGAGGGUGUGUUGCCUGACCAGAGUCUGCGGCCAUAGACACGUUCAUGUCCGUCUGAGUUGUGGAAAACAAGUGACGUUAUCUAUUUAUUUAUUUAUUUCACUAUUCUCAGUGUUUACAACCAUUGUCGGGUUUAUUUAUUUGUAAAUAUAUGGAAGGCAUUCGCGCGUCAGGUGCCAUUCUCGUUGAUUUUGUGGUGAGCAGUAUUUUUGUUCUGACCCAGAGCCGCCGACUUCUUCGCGACUCUCAGAGCAAGCGACUGAUCCUGACUUUGGGGAUCUACCCGACAGUAUGAACAGUCAGAGCCCUCGUGCACCAGUUACGGAGAAAGACGUCCGCUUUCCAAACAUUGAUAUUUGAGUCCAGAGGAAGUGACUUGAAAAGUGAAGACUCGGGGUUAAGUUUCCGUCAUGACGGACGUGAUGAGGUUUGUGCUCAAGUCGAGAUGAAUCAUUCGCUCCAGUCAUUAUUCACUCCCUGCCUUUGUAUCAAAUUUCUUACAGCCUAUAAUUCCAUUCACCUCUAGCCAAAACCUGCUAUCGUGACACCCUUCAGUCCCAAAAGUGGCCCUGGUACUCUGGUGACCGGGAUCAGGAUAAUCGGACCAGAGAUCUCACUGGGGUUUAUAAAGUGACCCCCACACCGUUCUCAGUCCCCACAUCCAACUGCUACGUCAUGAAUCAAGCUUGUUUUUAAAGUCACUGGUGGGUAUCACCGUCCUUCAGAAUUGAAAGAAGUAAGGGCUAACUGUUGUUCUGUUAUCGUAACAUAGUCAGAACCGGGUCGGAGCAGGGGGAAUCAUCAGUACACUUGAUCUGGGAGACACAAUGUUGGAGUGAAGAACAGAUAAAGAGACGUUUACUUCCAGAAAAACCAUGCAAACAAAUGGUGGAUGUUUCUAGAAUAUUUGUAAACAUAAGCUGAGCUGUUCUACUCAUGACACAGCUGUUGACAAUGAUACUAUUACAAAUGUAUGAGGAUGCUUUCACUCAGACUCAUAAUGUUUAACAUGUUUCUUUGACUGACUUUUGAAAAUCACCACACACAAGUCAGUUUUAAGGUAGAAAAUAAUGUCUUUUAACAUCAAACCAAUAACGAUUUAUUGAUUUGUCUUACCUGCAUUUGAAACUGAAACUCCAAACUAUGAUAUGUUUACAUAAAUACGUCUUUCGACAUGACCCACAAUCUUGUGCCAAAGUGACUCAACAGCGCCCCCAAAAGCUUCUGCAGUGCAGUGCACCUGCGAAAAUACACACGUACAUUCAAGUUUGUGUUCAUUCAAGAUAUGAAGCUAAUAAGCUUUGGGACUAAUUUCCCCUUCAUAUAGAGAUCAGAUCUUCCAGGUCUGACACCUCAGUCUGCGCCGAAGGUUCUACGGGUUUUUGACUGAAUAGCGCCACCUGCUGAACUGCAUCAGCCCAUAAACACAUUGCAUCACUGUCAGGAUGGAAACAGGUGGAGAGACUUGAGGCUAAGUUGACUGCCACCAACCCAAACUGCCAAACCCUCAUCCUCAUCGGCCGCAUGUCGGGUCAAGGCUCUGGACGGUGUCGAAUCAGUAGCAGUUCUUUUUGCACAUGUUUGCGUUUCCGGCCUGAACAGUGUUGUGUCUUUCUUUUGGGCUCCAUCACUGUAAAUAGUGACUUUCUAUACAAAGCCGUUUCAGUUCUGUUGGCUCGUGCAGAGGCGUCCAACUAUUUUUGCACUAAACUCCGCAGAGGUUUUUAACAUUGAACAGCAUGGCCCUUUAAUCCGAAGCACACAGUAUUCACAGUAUUCUCUCGCUCCUGCGUCGUCCAUCUGCUACAUCUCAUGAAGAACCAAGUGCUUCAUCGAGUCUCCACCAGACAUCCAACAGUUAAAGGUCACUCAGCGUCUUCCUGACUCGGAACAUUCCACCGUGACCCAGGUCUAACAAACGCACACAGGCAUGUCAAACACACAACCGCAUGUUUACCGGUCUGCAGCUUGAUCUCCGGACGUUUUCGUGUCUACAACUUAAAAAAGAAGAACCGAAGGGAGCGGGAGGUUUGUUGGUGUGGCGGCGGGAAACGUGCAUGUGACUCCAUGUUGUGAGUUGUCGCUUCCGCGGUUUAACUUUGGUGUCAAAAGGCAGGACUGCUCCAUUUUGUACGAUUUCUUACGAGAGGCUUCGACAUUUCAAAUAUGAACAAAUAAAUGCUGCAUGCAGC